AUGGCGACGGCCGCGCGCCUCCUCGCGCGAAUCUCCCGGCAGGGCGUCGCCGCCGCCGCUGUGGCGGGGGCGUUGAGGCGGCGGCCGGAUGCGGCGUCGCUCCUCGGGGCGUCCACGCUGGCGGCGGCGGAGCCCUGUGCUUCGAUCAAGGUCAUUCCUUUGUUGAAUCAGCCAGCACGAUACACAACAUCGGCAUUUCAAAGGUUUGGGUUUUCAACUUCGGCCCCUCAGCAAGAUGAUAAGGAGGCAAACAAACACGCAGAUGAUGGAGUUAAUAAAAGCGCUGGAGUGAGUACUGAAGCUUCAGGUGAAGCCAAUAACGUGCCUGGAACCGGCAAGACCCAGGAAGCAGAUUCAGAAGACCUAGACCUAUCAAAGGAGGACCUUAUGAGGCUACUUCUUGAGAAAGACGAGUCUUUGAAGUUGAAAGAUCAAGAGGUUAAAGACAUGAAGGAUAAGGUGCUGAGCAGCUACGCCGAGAUGGAGAAUGUCCUUGCCAGAACAAAGCGGGAAUCGGAUAACACCAAGAAGUAUGCCAUACAGAGCUUCUCCAAGAUUUUGUUAGAUGUUGCAGACAAUUUGUCUCGAGCAUCAUCUGUUGUCAAGGAAAGUUUCUCAAAGAUAGAUACGUCCAACAAUUCUGAUGAAGCUGUACCGCUACUAAAAGCCCUGCUAGAGGGAGUUGAGAUGACUGAGAAGCAACUUGGAGAGGUCUUCAAGAAAUUUGGAGUUGAAAAGUUUGAUCCUCUGAAUGAGAAAUUCGAUCCAAAUAGGCACUAUGCACUUUUCCAAAUUCCUGAUCCUUCAAAACCUUCAGGGACUAUUGCUGCUGUUGUGAAGGUUGGCUACAUGUUACAUGAUCGUGUUCUCCGCCCUGCUGAAGUUGGUGUCACUGAGGGUGGUCCAGUUGAAGAAGAAGAAGAACCAGAGGAGAAAUCUAGCAAGUCAGAAUAA